UGACACCAUUCUCCAAAAGCGUAUUAGAGUCUCGAUAUUUCGAGUUUGAUGAUCGUUUUUCCCUAAACCUUUUCCCGCUUUCUUCUAUAACCUUUUGUCUCCAAAAAGACCCAGAUAUGAGAGGUAAUCAAGGGAUUUACGUUUUCAGUUUUUGGUAAGGCAUUUUUUCCUGUAAGUUAAUGACACGUUCUCUAACCCUAUGAUACGUGUAAUGAAAACCAUUACACAACAUCUGCCAAAACUUCACGGUGUAAAUGGUUAUUCUUCGUAGUUGGACUGAGUUACAAGUCUAAAAUUGUUUUUAUUCUUCUAUUCGAUCUCACAGGCUUCAUUUAUCAAUCGUGGUGUUCUGUUUGGGAAGACAAGGGCAAAGCUCUCGUCCGUGUAAGUGGUAUCCGACAGUAGCGUAAGUUAUGAGCGCUUGGAUCAUGUUCAAAUCUGAACAAAAGUCGUUCUGUUUUAUCUUUGAAUAGAACCUUCUUCAAUUAUCAGUAGCAAUGAUAAAAACCGUCGAUAUGUCUCUUCAGACCGACGGAUUAAAAAAAAAUUGGUGUGUUGAACUUUAUCAAAAACUCAAACAUUGCGUGUAAACUCCACGGGAAGCAUUGAAGACCAAACGGAAAUAUCUCACUCGAAAUUCUGCCUAUGGAGGGAAUAUUUCAUUGAUGCGGGAAUUUCGCCUAUCCAUUUUUUUCAUAAUACAUUGUAUGGUGCUACUACUUUAGUUUUGUGCUUCACCUCCAAAACUACUUAAGGCGCAUAUCAAUAAUCCACGGCAUAAUCAAAAGAGGAAGUCGGGGGCGAAUUCCGGUUUGUUUGCGUAAUUGUUGGCCAUUCCUAUUUGUUCGCGUAAUUUCCGUUGGGAAAUCAAGCAAUACGAACGCAUCAGCACGGACGUGCUCGGUGAUUGCAAGAAAUUUCUUACGAAGGAAGGAAGACAAUCAUUUCAUGUUGUAACAGUUAAAUUGAAUGUAACGCCGCGAUACGAUCCAAGACCGUCAACACUUAUUAGGCAGCAUCUGAGAGAUAGAGCACAGAUGGGGAACCCUGAUAAAGAUAUUUUUUGAAUGAUGUCAUACCAGUAUGCCGUGCGACAUUAAUAUCGAUACGCACAACUCUGUGCCAAGAAAAAUUGCUACCCUUCUGUAACGAACGAUAUUGUAGAAACAUUGUCUAGACCGCUCAUGAGUCGUUAAGAACGGAGAACAGAGGAAGCUUUCGACGUGAAAUUAUUAGAAUUGCUAAUCACGCAUGGAACUUUCAAGAAAAUACCUAAAGAGAAAAAGACGAAAGCCUCAAAGUAGCACGAAAUGUUAUAUUUACGAAGCUACGGCAUAGUUCAUCGUUUUGAAAUCUUUGGUCAAUCCGUUUCGAUCCUCCCAUCCUCAGUCAUCCUUGUUAUUGUCCUUUUUGUUGUUGUUGUAGUUUUUACCUUGCCUAACUAAUAUUGAGUAGAUCUUCUUCGUGACAAAAUAAGUUUUUGACGUCGCGAAUGAGUAAAAUUAUGGUUCAACCCUUUGACCCUUAAGUGUGACUAGCAUGAAAUUUCUGCCUAUAGUAUCAUCCAGAACCACACAUUAAGGUCAUGAGAAUAAAAGAAAUUAUCGCUAACUAAAGAAGCUCUUGAUUGUUAAACAAAUUCUCCUUGUCAGCACCUUAGGAAAUGUAUAGAGAACAGUGUGGAGAAUAUGCAUACUGAUGUUAGGGUGUAAAGGGUUAAGAUAUCUUGUUGAAUUGUACUCUGUUCCGCGCACGGUUUGAAUGUCGUCGGGCUGUCGUUUUUACAGCCGAGGGCGAUGAAAUUGGGAUGAAACUUUUCUCGCCAUUUGCCUCUCAAAGGAAAAGUACCAAAGAAGGAGACCGCGAGUGCAGAUACUCUCCAUGCAUCAGUUAAAGGAGUUGAGCGACUCCACUUAGCACUGAGGCAUUUUCUGUUUUGAAGACAGUAAAAUUAGGAUUGCCGUGUUACUCAAAUGCACAUAUACAACAUGCACAGUACCCAGUGUUUUUAAUGGCUUGCUUUUGAUUUUUCCAUUAAAUUCAUGCCUUGUAUGCUUGACGGCGCCAGUUGAGUCUAGUCGUGGAGCUUGCUGAGAGGUCAAUUUGAGCUGUGUUGAAUUAGGGAAGCAAUUUGAAAAAAUGGAACUAAGGUCUUAAUAGGAACGUGUUUGGAUGAGUAAUGUAAAAAAAACGGAUCUAUCUCGCACAGCGAGCUUUCCCAUAAAAGGUUUGCCCCAGAUUUUGGAAUUACUGAUUGAAAAUAAACCAAAAGUAAUGACAAUCCUUAAAUUUGGCCUGGCGACACGAUUUUCGGUGUUUUCCCUGUCUGUAUCUCGUAGCUUUUAAAGUUCGCAAUUACACAGUUUAUCACAAAUUUAUUGUUAAAUUUCUAGCUUGCGGAAGAAACUACAAUGGAAGAGAGGGGAAAAUCAAGUCCCCGAAUUACCCCAAUUAUUACAGUCCAAGAGCCAACUGCCUCUACAAGAUCACAGUUCCCACUGGAAUGAGGGUCAGAGCCAAAUUUAACAAUUUUAGCGUUGAACCAGCCGGAGGAAAUCCUAGUAAGUGUGUCCUAUGAAACUAGACCUAAGCUGUCUAUGAUUCUGUCUUAGUGUAAAGAUGAUCAGUAGUAAUUCAAGCUCACUUCAGCAAUCAUACUUAAAGUAAUUUUUCAGUACUGUUACUACCACUCUAACAAGCUUGAUAUUAGAGGAAAGUUUUUGUUUCCCUCUUUCAUGUGGUUUUUUGUGGUGGGAGAAUGGGGUUAGGUUUGACUUAAGUUUGACCUAAGUUUGAUCUAAUCUAUGGGAGCGCAACACAUUGGGAUACGUGAAGAGACAAAGACCUUGUUAAUCAAAAUAUUUAAAAUCGCAACUCCAUUGUCGAUUUCCUUGGGAAGAUUAAAUUAUAUCACACCAAUCUCAUUCAAGCUCAUUUGCCAGCCCUCCAAUAGCCUAUCCAAUGUAUUCCUUGCAUCAGGUAAAAUUGUAUUAAGAAGUUACUAUUUUGUCUGUUUUGUGAAACAGCAACGUGCUACGAUUAUGUUGAAGUCCACGAUGGCCCGACCAUCCAUAACAGUUCCCUUGGGAAGUAUUGUGGAAAGCUGCAACCUUUCAGCGUGUUUUCUACCACCAAUGUUAUGCUUGUUCGAUUUGUUUCCGAUCGUUCUGUGAAUAACAAGGGGUUUCAACUUAAUUUUCAAGCUAAACGUGAGUAUAACAGUUAAAUACAUGUAACACGUAUUUCAGGCUGAUCACGCUGAUCGAAAAAAUUUCAACCAUACCAUGCACUUGGUUAGUCAGUCAGUGUGUUAAUGAAUAAAUAAGUCACUCAAUCAGUCACUCAGUGGGUCAGUGAGUCAAACAGUCGGUGAGUGGAUGAGUUAAGGAGUCAGUAAGGCAGUAAGCCAGUCAGUCUGUCGGCCAGUCAGUUGGUCAACAAGUCAGUCAGUUUAUGAGUCUGUGAGUCAGUCUGAGUGGGUCAAAGAGUGAGUCAGCCGCUCAGUAGAGUCUGUUAGUCAAUCAGUCAGCCUGUUCGUCUAUGUGUCUGUCCAUUUUCCUGUAAGUAUUUUUUUCUUUCUGUCUGUUUUUGUCUGUUUUGGUUCUAUCAACUGACUUGAUUAUGUAAAUUGGCCACCGUAGAGAGUCUCUUAGGCUAAGUCUGCGAGUAUUAGCCUGGUUAAGUGCUAAUGUGUGAAACGAGAGGUCUUAUGGCUCUCUAUGUUGGUCAACUUAAAAAAUGAGCUCAGUUAAUGACAAAUAGAACCAAAUUAUCUUGUUAAAGCCCCCACCGACAAAGCACCACAAUUUCUUUAAAAACCUAUCCUGUUAUUCAUCUGCCUGUCUAUGUUUCCAAAUUUUGCGCUGUCUUCACCUACUGCAUAAGGAAGUUUUGAGAGGUUCAAAACCAUGGUGCGUGUGGAGCACUGAAUUGCGUUACACUUAAACAAGUUUCUUCUCUUAAUAGCAUUGUCAAAGAGCCACCAACGGACACCACUUCCCGUCACCACAAAUGCAAAGACACUUCCCUCCACCCCAGUCCCUACGAUAACUACUGCCACACCUUGCUUACUCAAUCAAUUUCAGUGCAGCGACGGCAGUUGCAUAAGAAAGGCAUGGCGAUGUGAUGGCUCGUUUGACUGUUUGGAUAAUUCCGAUGAAGAGAAGUGUCCAUGUAAAUCAUUCCAGAUGACUUGUGCUAAUGGAGCGUGCGUUAAUAAGCUUUGGAUUUGCGAUGGGGCAGACGAUUGCGGGGAUAACUCAGACGAACAGAACUGCAACGUACCAACAGCUCCAUCAGGUAAAGCAUUGUGUUGUUUAUGUCGUGAUGUUUUUUCGUUUUUUUGCUGCUGUUUGUGUGUUCUUUUUUUGUUUUUUUUUGUUUUUCAUGCUUGAUGUGUUGAUACCAGUUGCGACGGCUGAUACAUAAUCGCAAUAACAAAAGAAAACACCUGCACUAGCAAAAAAAAAAACAACAACAAAAACAAACUGCAUAGUGGGAAGGGAAUUCUAGAAUACUGUAAAACCUGAACUAAAUUUCAAGAACAGAACGAGUGAUAAAAGAAAAACACGAAAAUGAACUUAAAAGUCAUCAAGGGAUUGCAGCAUAAAAAGAGCUGAUCAAAACCUACAAACAAGACAUAUUAAAUAACGAUCAGUCCUGUCCUUCUGCCGUUACUGUACGUAGGCAUAAUUCCUCCCUGUUACUUUCAAUGAUAUUCUCAUGCAUAAAAUUUCAGAUCGAUUGAAAAAGUAUGCGAUUAAAUUUCAGCAUCCCUGAAUUGUUCUCUAAACAAUGGCGGUUGUGAACAGAAGUGCGAAGAGAUUUACGUGGGUCAAAGGAAGAGUAUAUCCUGUAGUUGUAGGCGUGGAUUUAACCUGCUUUCAGACCAAAAACACUGUGUUGGUAAGAUCAUGUCCUAUUCUUGAAGGAACGGUUUGGACUGAAGUCAUGUCCACUCUACAUGUUGCCAUGUAUCUGUUCAGUAAGAUCGCAGAUGACGUCAAAAUGUGGAAAGAAAAUAAAAGUGGCACACGAGGCGCAGCCUCACUGAUGUUCUUAUCACAUUAUUACGUCUUCUGUGGUCUAUUACUGUGCAGAACCACGCCAACGCGGAAUCAGAUCCAUUUGUUAUAUUUGAUGAAAACGUAAAAUGUUGUUUAUGGUGAAGUCAACUAAAUGUUUGUCCCCUCAGAGUUCAUAAGAAAGACUCAAUAAAAAAACGCGAAUUAUUCAGCUUGUCAGAUAGCUGAAUAUAACAUCGGUGUAGGUUAGAGGAACAUGGAGAAUGUUUGUCGCAGUUCAUUUGCAAACAACUGCGAAUUAAUCUACAAAAGAAAAAACCGCCAUCUUUAAUCAACGAAUUCCUCACAGCUUUUCUCGAAAAUGAUUUAGCUCACCUUCCGACACCAACAUGUAGCAACAACGACGCAAUAUGAUAUGGUUUUCUCAAUCUAUCAGAGAUUAGUAGGAGUUUGACAUAUCGUAUUAAGCUUAUUGCUUCAAUGUAGGUUUCUCUCAAAUACAGGUUAAUAACUGACUAUAUUGUUCUUGCCUUCAAAAGACAUCGACGAAUGCCAGACCAAUAAUGGAGGCUGCCGCCAUUUAUGUAUGAAUUACCCAGGAGGUCAUACGUGUGCUUGCACCAAAGGUUACUUUCUUGAUCGCGACAAGAAAAAUUGUAGAGGUAAGAAAUAAACUUAUUCAUUAAGUAAUACACCUGUUUAUUAUUGUUAUCAUGACUUUCCCACCUUAAGUUUGCUAAAACAAAAUGGUAUAUUUCUCCAGAAACAAUUAGCAUUUUGUUUUAUAAUUUUUGUGUAAGUGAAACAUGUGCAUCUUGGAGAAGAUAAACAUGAACUUAAGCAAACAAACGUCUCUCCCUUUUUAUUUAUGAAAAUACAACAAAAGGUUAUGGCAUCAUAUUUUUUUAAAAAUCAGCAACAGUAGAAGAAGAAAUAUAAAACCACCAUCACAAAAAUACAAUACCUAAGCACCAGGAAAAUCCAAUAACAUUGUGACAAUCCGCUUUACAGAAAUGCAAGAAACGCCUUUAAUCAUGUGGAAACUGGCUCUGGUUAAGAGAUUAAUCGGACCUCCCAGGCUUGAUGGAAAGAUAAAAAAGAAAACCAAAAUUAAAAAACAUAAAAACAAAAGAUUAAGAGCUAAAGCUCUAUUUUACCUCUCAAGCUUUUAAUGAAAAAAAACAUAGUAGCCAUUUUCACUUCCAAUCUUCUUUUCUUUUCUCAGACAUAGAUGAAUGCUCUAAUGGCAAUGGAGGAUGUAAUCAUGACUGUAUAAACACCGCUGGAAGCUUUCAUUGUAGAUGUUAUCCCGGAUUCGAAUUCAAGACCAGCGAUAAGAAGAUCUGCCAAGGUAGGAUUUGCAUAUUCAUGUCCCAUUUCCUUUCCUCAAGCCUUUCGACCUUAGUCAAACGUUAUCGUUGAUAGGGAGGAAACAUAAACGUCGCGAUUCUUAAUGUUCUAAGUUGAAUAAAAAAAAACAAAAAACGAAUCGUGGAGGAAGGUCUUAAAGUCGUGAAAUGUUGCAUAAACCUCUUUUUUUAAAUGGAGAGCCUUUUGCAAUUAUGUAAAUGCUCUUUCUGGUGUCGGCAACAUCUAUAAUUACCAAAAAAUUUUCAAGCAAGAGUGAGGCCAAGAAGGCCUAUUUUUAGGCGCAUAAAUGGAAUGAUAAUUAUGCCUUCUAUUAAGAAAGAGGUGUAUGAUGUAAGAUCACUUGUUGAACCAGAGAGGGAUAAAGAGUAAAAAAAAGAGUUGCUGUGUCUGAGGUUGUAGUCGCAAACACUGUCGCCUCAAGUCAAUGCUGGAUGCGAUGUGAGGCGGCUGUAUUCAAAGGCUAGGUUGACUACGAUGAAAUAUAAAUAUACCUGUGUUAGCCUUAGCGACACUGUACAGUAACACUGUGACAAAAAGCUAAAUGUGAAUCCUGCGAGUUAUCUACUCUUGGAUCUAUGAUACUAUCGUUUAUUUUUACUUUUGUUUUUUUCCUUAUUUACCAGAUAUUAAUGAAUGUGAUGGCAAUAAUGGAGGCUGUAGUCAUGACUGCGUCAACCAAGCUGGAAGCUUCUACUGUCAAUGCCCACCUGGAUACAAGCUUUUGAAUGAUUCCAAGACCUGUGUGGGUAAGAAGUACCUUCAUCCGGAAUGUUCGAGGAUCUAACUUUGUUUGUCUAUUGAUCACGUUCCCCCCUUUUAAUAACGUAUUUGCUCUUGUUUGAUUUUGCCAAACGUUUUUUUUUAAUUAUAAUUUUUGUUUGAAUACUAGGAGCUUCUCCCAUGAAGCUCGAUUAUUUAACAGAUACAGGCCCUAUAUGGUUUCAAAGCACAACUCAAACUGGAGCAGGGAGUUUUUCUCUAGAAUGUACGAAAGAAAAUUUCUUCCACAGUCCAGUCACUAGUAAUCGUUGAUUCUCAUCUCCAGCUAUUAUCUGUUAGUUCUCUUCCGGCAUCUGAAGUCAAUCCAAGUCUUCAUUUGCUUUUCUCUCGUUGAUAAAUUAGAUUCUCGCCAAGGCAACGGUUUUCUUUUUUUUUUUUUUUUUUCCAUCUUGUAUUUUUCUCUUUUACUGCAGAUGUGAAUGAAUGUGAGAUAAGUAACGGUGGAUGUGAGCAUGAUUGUCAGAACACUCUUGGCAGCUUUUUUUGUUCAUGCCGUGAUGGUUAUAUCGAGGAUUUUGUGUAUCCCUCCAAGUGUAUGGAUAUUGAUGAGUGUGCUAUGGGAGUGCCAGCCUGUUUUGAUUGUCACAAUACACCUGGAAGGUAAUGUUUCUGCAAUUGGUGAAAGUGACUAGCGAUUACUGAACUAAAUAAUUUCUUUCCGUAUUGUAGUUUAUAUAUUAAUUUGCGAUAUUUAGAUAGGCUGGUCCAGAUCAGCUUCAAAGCUGGUUUGAAUGGAGGCCUGUAUGAACAAAGACAAAUCCAGAACACAACACGUGUUGCUACAUUUCGGGGCCUACGGUUUAUCGUCUUUAACGGAGAUGCAGAUUUCAUAGCAGAGGCAGCACCUUCUCCUCGGUUAUUUUAAGACCCUUAUGUUUGUCUGAUCUGGGGCGUGAGACCUCGACCUCCCGCACGGCCGUCCGGCGCUCCACAACAUGAGCUAACCAAGCGCAAUUAGUUAGACCUUUCUUAAUCGAUUCCUUUCAUUUACAUCCUCGGAGUGUGGGCUCUCGAGCAGGUUUGAAUCGAAUUUCAGAGUUCCUACUCAAACCUCUGCUGAUUAAUCUUUUACUUCCUCUGUUACUUUAAUUUGGAGGUGUGUACUAUUCUUAUCCAACUGCACAAAGUAGAGUACAAAUAACGCGCGAAUAGAGCACAAAUAUCCUGCGAUAUUGCACGGUUAUUUGCACAGUUGGUUAUUCUGUACUGUAAAAAAAAACCUGUUUAACCAGUCGGCUGUGCGCGCUACGGUUAUCUAUCCGCUUUGCUUUUCUAGCACAACUCGUCAAAAUACUUGGUGAUAAUACACACCAAAACGUCUAAGAUAUAUGUAUUUCACCACAACGACUGCCUUUCUGUCGUAAACAAAUCUUUGAGCAUAAGGUUUAGGAAACGUUUUUAAUCGUGUUGGUCCUCUUCUUUGUUGUAUUUAGUUACGAAUGUACAUGUGAUCCUGGCUUCGUAACAAACGCCAACAAAACACGGUGCGAAGACAUCGAUGAAUGCGCCUCAAAUGAUGGCAGCUGUGGAGAGCACCCAUGCGUCAAUAGUUAUGGAAGCUACUCAUGCCAAUGUAACUCUGGAUAUCAAUUUAAUCCUACGUAAGUUUAUCUACCAAUACUACUGUACUUAAAUUUUAAGACGUAGUAACGAUUUAUUCGUCACAUUUGAAGAAUGGCUGCGUCAUUGCCCUUUGUUGUUGCUUAAGAAACGUUACUCUCCCCACACCUUUCUUCACCAAGGAGUGUUAAAAAACACCCUUAAACUGUCGACGAAUUGUUGACAGGUUGGUCUGCGAUGAGACCAGUGACUCCUCAUUCGUUAAGGGGACGGAGGGGGGGGGGGAGUGAUAAGAGUAACAAUACUUAUGAUCAUUUCAUUCUGUGGAGGCUCCGACAGUGAAUGCAUUACUUUGCACUUAAAUAAAUUGUGACUAUUACAGAACCAAAAGCUGUGAAGACAUCGACGAGUGCGCGAGUAAUAGGGGUGGCUGCGAGCAAAUCUGUAAGAACAGUCCGGGUUCGUACCGAUGCGCCUGCAGAGAUGGUUACAAGCUGAGGCAGAAGACCAGGUGUUUAGACAUUGACGAGUGCGCAGAAGGUGCUCACCAGUGCCAACACAACUGCACUAAUAGCGACGGAAGGUAUUCUUUGUUUCCUCUUUUCGUCUAAAAUCUCACCGCGUCCCGUUACGUGUCCAAGUCUGCGAUGUAAACUGAGCCUACUUAGUUUGUAUCAGGAAAAAAAUAGGAAUUCCUUCAGAACAUGCCUUUUAAGGAUGGGAAACCGUAGCAUUAGAUCGAUACAAAACUAAAACAGUGAUUCACGGAUAGUUGCAAUGUAGUGAUAUUCAUAUCCGCCUUAAGUUAUAGUUUCUAACUGUUUUUCCCUCCUGUUCUUCGUUUUCCUUUUUCUUUGCUUUAGAUUCCUUUUUUUUUUAUUUUUUUUUAAAUUUUUUUUUUAACAUUUUAACCAUUUUAAUUCAAUCACUCUUUAUAGCUAUACUUGCUCCUGUAAGAAGGGAUACUUUCUUUCCAAUAAUGGCCACUCCUGCAGUAGAAAGAGGAAUCCACAAGGUAAGAGGGAAAGAUUGUUUUUCACAAAAUCCCUGCAAAAUCAAGUAUAACCUCAGUUGCAGAGGUACAUUGUAGGCGUCGGGCAACAUUAAAAAUUAUCUAUACCUGUCUUCUUUUAAAGAGUGCGGCGUUGCACCCCUUGUUGGCAGUUCAUUGCCUGGGAGAUGGCACUCAGAGGACCAGGCAACUUGGCCUUGGGCAGCUCUGCUCCACUUCAGCGUCUUUGGUGACAUCGAAGGCUGUAUGGCUACUCUCAUAGAUAAAGAAUGGCUGAUCACCUCAGCUCAUUGCCUGUACCUAGAACAUAAAGUUAUUCCUAAAAAGUUUGUUAAGGUGGAACUUGGGGCGUUCUCCCGUGGUUCUUCGAGUCAUGAUCCGGUUUUGCACGAUGUGUCACACAUCGUCAUCCACAAAGACUUUAACGCAGAUCGAAAGGUACUCGCUGGAAACAUCGCUCUGGUGCGCUUGACAAAACCGAUUAAUGUUACCGAUGAGAUAAGGCCCAUCUGCAUACCGACCAGGAUGGAAGUGGAAAAACUCCUAAAACCUGGAGCCUCAAGCGAUGGUGUGGUAAUCGGUUGGGGUAAGACUCCUGAGCACCGAGUCCGCAGCACACUUCACCAGGCAGCAGUCAUGGUUUCGCACAGAUCACGAUGCGAGCGAUGGGCCAACAACAUUGCUUUCGAUGAAAACACCAUGAUCUGUGCAGGUUUUAAGGAGGUCGAGAAGACCGCUUGUGUCGGUGAUAGCGGGUCCCCACUCAUGUUCUCUGUUACUACCCGUGAUCAGAGUUCAACGAAAUGGGUGCUGGGUGGUGUGAUGAGCUGGGGGCUUAAUGUGCUUCCAAAAGGCUGCCACAAGGAUUAUCGCUACACAGCAUACACAAGCGUGGAGCGCAAUUUAAAGUGGAUCAAGUUCAGGGGGAAUCGUGGGAAUACGAAAUGAACGAUAAUCCUUUUACCAUAAUGUCAAAUAAUCACAUAGCAUAUGUUUUGUUUCCGCUGAGUAACAUUAGUAAGCCGCUUACGCUAAGAUUUAAAUUGAACACCUGUCACGGAAAUGAAGCCAGAAAUGAGGAUAUUGCAGGUGUGAACUACCUUCCCGUGUGAACGAAGGGUAAGGCUAGGUAUCUUUGAACAGUAUCGGUUAAUCUUUGGUGUACAAACAGCCUACUUGGAGUCGCAGCCUUUGCAGUUUGUCGCACUUAUUUUGUUUUGUAUAUUGUUAAACUUACAUAGGGCCAUAACUUUACUUCUGAUUAUCGUUCUCUGAAAAGUGAAAAUCAAUAGAGGAAAUUAUCUUUGGAUUUUCUUGUUUGGCCUUUUUGGUUUUUUUUAAUGGGCUGGGUAUUACAGACUAAAAAGUAACAUUAAGGAGAACAAACGAAAAACCGUCAACAAGGCGUUUUUGUUAGAGUAGCCUUCUUAAAAUGUUAAUUAAAGCUUAAGUCAGUCUUGAAUGUAUGUGUGAUGGCAACGAACAGGGGAUGGUUUCACGUGCAUCAAGGACACAAAACGAAAGAAAACAGACUAAAAAAAAAGGCAGCAACACCAUCGAAACAAAAUUGCGCGUUAGUGACACAGUCAGCAAGUUUAUGAUAGAUCCUACGAGCAAGAGUAACCGUGACUCCCUAUAAGACGUAUGAUAGAGCUUGACAUUAACCGCCUUAAAAAUUAGGCCUUGCAACUGCACUUUGUAAGAUACGAUGGUAUCCAAAAUCUUUAAUUAGGACACAGAGUCAAAAUGGGUAAGGUGUCAUACAACUUAAAAAGUUUAGAAUUACAG